AUGGAGAAACCUGGAUUGAAACUGAACAGCAACCAGAGUGGUAUAAAACUGAACCAGAAUACAAGAAUGAGAAUCGGAGCACCGUGGGAUAGAUGCGAGCACAAGACUCUGCUACAGCUGCCUUGGAAAGCCAUGGCUGCCGCCCCGCAUCUCAACUCGGAUGCACUCCGAGAGGUCCUGGAGUGCCCCAUUUGCAUGGAGUCCUUCACUGAGGAGCACCUGAGACCCAAGCUCCUGCAUUGUGGGCACACCAUCUGCAGGCAGUGCUUGGAGAAACUCCUGGCAAACAGCAUUAAUGGGAUACGGUGCCCCUUUUGCAGCAAAAUCACACGGAUCACGAACUUAGCUCAGCUGACGGACAAUCUUACUGUGCUGAAGAUCAUAGACACCACUGGACUGGGGGAAGUGGUGGGUCUGCUCAUGUGCAAGGUCUGUGGGAGAAGGUUGCCAAGACACUUCUGCAAGAGCUGUAGCUUGGUUUUGUGUGAGCCUUGCAAGGAGACAUCACACAUGCCCCAGGGGCAUAGAGUCAUUGCUAUCAAAGAGGCUGCUGAAGAGCGUAGGAGAGAAUUUGGGACAAGGCUUGCCAGACUUCGGGAGCUCAUGGGUGAUCUGCAGAAAAGAAAAGCAUCUCUGGAGGGUGUUUCAAGGGACCUGCAAUCCAGAUACAAAGCAGUUCUGCAAGAUUACAGCAAAGAGGAGCGCAAGAUCCAGGAAGAACUGGCCAGGUCACGCAAGUUCUUCACCACCUCUUUGUCUGAGGUGGAGAAGGCAAAUAAUCAGGUAAUGGAGGAGCAAGCUUAUCUGCUGAACUUAGCAGAAGUGCGGAUAAUGUCUCGCUGUGACUAUUUCCUUGCCAAAAUAAAGCAGGGGGAUAUUGCCCUCUUGGAGGAGGCUGCCGACGAGGAAGAACCAGAACUGACAAACAGUCUGCCAAGGGAGCUGACUCUUCAAGAGGUUGAACUCCUUAAGGUGAGCCACGUGGGACCACUGCAGAUUGGACAGGUGGUGAAGAAGCCCCGGACUGUUAACAUGGAGGAAUCACUCAUGGAAACUGCAGCAUCCUCAUCAGCAUCAUUUCGAGAACCUGACUUGGUGCAGGAAGAGGCCAGCUGCACACUGAAUUCCUCACCAGCCAAGCCAAGGAUGCCUGAAGCAGCCACCAGCAUCCAGCAGUGUCACUUCAUCAAGAAGAUGGGCUCCAAGGGCAGCCUGCCAGGGAUGUUUAACCUCCCCGUCAGCCUCCACGUCACCAUGCAAGGUGAGGUGCUUGUGGCGGACCGAGGCAACUUCCGAAUCCAGGUUUUCACCCGCAAGGGCUUUCUGAAGGAGAUCCGCCGGAGCCCCAGCGGAAUCGACAGCUUUGUGCUGAGCUUCCUUGGAGCAGACUUGCCCAAUUUGACUCCGCUUUCUGUCACCAUGAACUGCCACGGCCUGAUAGGUGUGACUGACAGCUACGAUAACUCCGUCAAGGUCUACACCAUGGAUGGUCACUGCGUUGCCUGUCACCGGAGCCAGCUAAGCAAGCCCUGGGGCAUUGCCGCGCUGCCUUCUGGCCAGUUCGUGGUGACCGAUGUGGAAGGAGGGAAGCUCUGGUGUUUCACUGUGGAUCGUGGAGUGGGGGUAGUGAAGUACAGCUGCUUGUGCAGCGCGGUGCGCCCCAAGUUUGUCACCUGUGAUGCUGAGGGCACCAUAUACUUCACUCAGGGGCUGGGGCUGAACCUGGAGAACCGGCAGUACGAGCACCAUCUGGAGGGAGGCUUUUCCAUUGGCUCCGUCGGCCCUGAUGGGCAGCUGGGACGCCAGAUCAGCCACUUCUUCUCUGAGAAUGAGGAUUUCAGGUGCAUUGCUGGGAUGUGUGUGGAUGCCAGGGGAGACCUCAUUGUGGCUGACAGCAGCCGUAGGGAAAUCCUGCACUUCCCUAAGGGAGGUGGCUACAAUGUCUUGAUCCGGGAGGGACUCACCUGUCCCGUUGGUAUCGCCAUUACCCCCAAAGGGCAGCUGCUGGUGCUGGACUGUUGGGAUCAUUGCAUUAAGAUCUACAGUUACCAUCUGAGAAGAUACUCCACCCCUUAAAGGCCUGUCUUUAGGUGAAUACCCUUUUGGCAGUGGAGAUUCUUCCAGCCUCAUCUCAAUCUAAUGGGAAGCAGUGUCAAGGGUUCAGGGUGAUUGUGCCAUAA